AUGUUAAGGACAAUACAUUUCCAUAGGGUGUCCUAUAUAUUUAUUUAUAAACUAGGUAGUGGUAAAAGUGUAUUGAAGGUUAGAAUUGAUAUGAAAUUUGGCAAUAGUUUCCCAUCUACUGAGGUGUUGACAGAUCAAGUCACUCAAGAAAUGUCAGACAAUAUAUCACAAUUGCAGUCCCAGAAGUUUGAUUGGAAGAACUACAAAUAUUCGUCUGGGUCUGAUCGGAUAAAGCAACUGCUACACUCUCAGCUCGAUAAAGCUCCUAGUGUAGAUGAUACUCUACCCAGAACAGUCUAUGAAAGUGUUAAAUUUAGCCUUCCUGGUCGAUAUGAAGUGAUCCAAGUUUUAGGGAAGGGCUCAUAUGGAACAGUGUGCUCUGUAAGAGAUAAGAAAAACCCAUCAAAUCCUUAUUCAAUUGCUGUCAAAAAAAUUACUAAUAUCUUCUAUAGAGAAAUUUUGUUAAAGAGAGCCAUUAGAGAAUUAAAAUUUAUUAAUUAUUUUAGAGGUCAUAAAAAUAUAGUAAGCUUAAUCGAUAUUGAAUUAGUAACAGAAAAGCCAUAUGAUGGGCUCUACUGUUACCAGGAAUUGAUUGAUUAUGAUUUAGCCAAAGUAAUCCAUUCUUCAGUUCAGUUAACAGAUUUCCAUAUCAGGCAUUUCUUUUAUCAAAUUUUAUGUGGUAUAAAAUAUAUCCAUUCUGCAGAUGUUAUCCACAGAGACUUGAAACCUGGAAAUAUACUUUGUACAUUAAAUGGUACUUUAAAGAUUUGUGAUUUUGGUUUAGCAAGAGGUGUGGCUCCAAAAUAUUUUGCAGCUAAUCAAUCUAGACAUGACAUUACGAACUACGUAGCAACGAGGUGGUAUAGAGCACCAGAACUAAUACUAUCACAAAAAAUGUAUGAUAAGUCAAUCGAUAUGUGGUCUGCUGGAUGUAUAUUAGCUGAAUUUUAUGGUAGAAAACCCAAAUUCAUGGGUAAAGAUUCUAUGCAUCAAAUUUAUGAAAUUAUCAAAGUUCUUGGUUCACCUUCAAAAAAAUUAUUAAGUUCAUUUGGAUCUAUUAAAGCCUGGAACAUGUGUAACUCAGCAACUCCACCUCAUAAAAAAGUAGAAUGGAGAGACAUUUACCCUUUUGCAUGUCCUGAUGCAAUAGAUUUACUUGAUAGAUUAUUAAGAUGGGAAGCUUCAGAUCGACUAAAAGUACAAGAAUCAAUAGAACACCCUUUCCUGAAUGAGGUCAGACAUCCAGAAGAUGAACCUAUUUGUCCAUGGGGUGCCUUUGAUUUUUCAUAUGAAGAAAAUUUGACUUCAAUGCAAAGACUUCGUGAAUAUUUAAUCAAUGAAGUUUCACAAUUUAAGGAAGAGAGAAAUUGUAAGCUUUCAACACCACAUGUCUACAAAAAUAUCACUAUCAUUGAAGAACCUGAACAAUUGUAA